CCCUUAAGUCUUGCAAAACGUCACGUCUCAAAAACAUAACCGCAGACACUAGCUAGGUCUUUCAUUUCCUCGUAAGUGAACCAUCACGAUCAUUACCAAAAGAGUUUUCUAAAGUUCAGCAAUCGUGGCGAAGCUAUAUAAAAAGGAAGAGGCGGAGAGAAAGAAGGUAAUGGAGGAAGAAGAGGAAGAAGGCGACACAUUCGAGGAUGCCGUAUGCACCAAGACACCAGCCAGAGUCAACACACCUUUGUCGGUAAUCACCGAAGCGUUCGAAAACCUAGCGGAUCUACUUAAACCGGACAUAUCAACUGAUGAGGACGGUUUGAGUCUUGAUGCUUUCUGCAGUGCAUGCACUCACGUCUCCAUCCUCUUCAGCUGCCUCGGAUUCGCCUUCAAAUUUGCUGAGAUGGAGUACAUCUCCAAGGUUAAAGACUUGGUCGAAGCCUCGAAAACAUUAGACACGUUACAGAACAUUUUGGACCUAGACGUCGAGAAGGAGACGGUGAAAACACCAGGAAGCCGUUCGCGUAACCUACGACGUGUGAGACAAGGCUUAGACCUUAUACGAGCAAUUUUCGAACAGUUCUUGAUGACGGAUGAGUAUUCUUUGAAACACGCUGCGACCACAGCUUAUACGGAAGUAUGUGCACCGUUUCAUACAUGGGCCGUUAGGACCGCGGUGUAUGCUGGAAUGUAUACACUUCCGACGAGGGAUCAACUUCUGUUACGGCUUAACGAAACUGAUCAAUCUGUUGAGAAGAAUAUGAGGAGGUACAUGGAAGCGUCACAACCUAUCAUAGAGUAUAUUGACAAACUUUACAUUGAAAGGAACAUUAAACUCGAUUGGUAA